AUGGUUAUAACAUUUAAGAAUACUGUUCUCCGAUUAGUACAUUUACUUUAUUUCUCUGGUGGGCUAGCAGACGAAGCCAAGUCAUAUUUGCGGAUAUUAGAUCAGAUUAUUUCUAAUACGAAUGAUGAGUUGCAGGAAACAUUUCAAGUAUUUAUAACAAAUAUGGUUAGUAGACGUAUCAAACUGUCAGUCUCUCGUCCGGUAUUAAAUGAAGUUGUCUCAAGAUUGGCGAACCUUCCUGAUCGAGUUGCUUUUGAUUUGUGUAAGUUUGCGCUAGUUAGACUUCAACCACGUAUCAUUUGCUUUGAGGAGCAUGUAUGCGGUAUACUUCAACAUAUCGGAACCAUUAUGGAACGAUUUCAUAUGUAUCGGCAAGCAGCCGAGACUUUAUUGACCGUACCAUUGGAAAGGGGGCACAGGCGAUACGCCGCAGAAUAUAAAUUCGACACGUAUGUGCGUAUUGCACGUCUCUUUUUGGAGGCUGGCGACGUGAGAAAGGCUGAAUUCCAUAUUAAGCGCGCGUCCCUGCUGCAAAGAGAAGUCUCUGCGAAAACAAAAAUAAUUUCGUAUAAAGAGAAUUACGCCAGUAUCUUGGAUCAUGCACGCAAAUUUAUUGAAGCUGCCCGGCGAUACGUUGAGCUAUCCGCUAUCUCCAAUAUGUGCAUGUCGUUUCUAAGAAAAGCUUUCAUUUGCAUCGCCUUAUCAGCGACUGGUGAGCAACGCUCUCACAUAUUGUUUUUAUUACUUAAAGACAAACGUACAAGGAUUCUGCCGGGCAGUGCUUUAAUUGGGAAACUUUACUACAACGUUAUUAUAAAGCCAUCAGAUUUGAAAGAUUUUAAAGCCAUAUUGCAGCCGCAUCACAAAAUCACUACAUCAGACGGUCGUACUCUUCUCGAGCGUGCAAUUAAUGAACACAAUCUGAUAUCCGUUAGUAAAAUUUAUAAUGACAUAUCAUUUGAACAAUUGGCAUCUCUCGUUGAAAGAACGCCUACUUAUGUACAGAUCGUUGCGGCAGAACUGAUAAGAAACGGACGCAUACCAGCAGUCAUCGAUCAAAUACGUGACUCACUCGUAUUUGAAUAUCAGCGAGAAGCUUCACCGGUCGACAUGGAGAUACAAUUCCUUUGUAAUCAAUUGAAUUCAGUAUUUAAUAAAAUUGCAAUUGCAAAUCCUGCAUGGUUUGCCAAAGUUGAAACAGCCAUAACAAAGGAAAGUGAUAAAAAAUGUUAA